CUCACGUGAACGCGCGGGGGUUUGAGCGUGCGGUCACGUGAGUGGAGGCUGACCCCAGCGCGAGAGGACGAUGAGAAAAGACAUCUCACUCCAACUUGUUUACCGAACACCAUCACCUCCUGUGUCAGGACACGAUCUUUGAGAGCCACCGACAGACAGGAGAAAUGAAGGAGGAAGUCAUGAAGAUUCUUAACGAGGCGCCAAGCUCCAGGAAACUUCUUUUGGAAAACUACGACAACCUCCUGAAUGUGGCCGAAUACUGCUACUACAACUAUACACAACAAAAGUCGGGUGAUGAUAGCUUGAAGGCGUUGGAGGAGACCAAGAAGAUGACCGCCCAAUCGCUGGCGAGCAUCGCUUACCAGGUUAGCACGUUAGCUACGAGCGUGCUAAGUCUGCUGGAUGCUCAGACCAAUCAGCUUUGCCACAUGGAGUCAUCCAUCAACCUGAUUGGUCAGACGGUGGAGAUGCAUCGUGAGAAAGUUUCUCGCAGAGAAAUCGGUAUUUUCACGGCGGUCAGACAAGUCCCACGUGGACCAAAGAUCCUCCCGCCUCCUCAGCCUGCUGCCGGCUCGCAGUCCCGCCCUCCGUACAGCCGGCGUCCAAUCAGCUACCAGCAGCUGGAUUACAUCGGUCAUGGCUUGAAGCUCCCUGGGAAGCAGUCUGAGGGCGCAGGAAGCAUCAGGAAGCAGGCAUCCUCCAUCAGCUGCAACGUGCCUCCAGUUGUUCUCCCGUGUCCCGUGACGCCCCCUAGUGGCAGCUCGACUUUUGGCAAGCCUGUGGCCCCGCCCACCAUCCCCACUGACUGGCGGGCUCCGCCUGAAGACGACAUCGUACCCGCACCUGGCGAUGACGCUCCGCCCUCUCCGCCCGACUUCUCUGAAAUGCCGAUGGCUCCGCCCCCUCCACCCGACGACGACAACAGCACGCCGGUAGCCCCACCCUUUCGACCUGACUCCCCGGACGUGGUCCUACCUGUGACUCCGCCCCUGUGUCUGGAGACAGUGCUGGAGGAGAGCAGCCUCCCGCCGCCGUCCCCCCCGCCCACUGACGACGACGCCUUUCCUGCACUGUCCAAUGAUGAGCUUCCAGCCCCGCCCCCAUCAAGCCAGGAAGUAGACGCGCCGCUCCUGGCCAGGAGGAGCCGCCAGCGCCGCUCACCCCCGCCUGCUCGCUCUCUCUCUCUGAGGGUGCGCCGCCGCCACGCCCGCUCUCUCUUCCUGCCCGCCGGCCAAUCACUCAUGAUCCCCCCUCCCCCGCCUUAUCCUCCCCCGCAUGCCCCCGCCCAGCCUCUUCCCGCCUCCUCGUUGCGGUCCCGCCUCCCGGCUCGCCUGGAGCACCUGGAUCUGGAGCUUCCGGUCCUACCUCCCCCGCCCCUUUUGGACGACGCCCCCCUGCCGCACUGGAAGAAAGUGGUGGCGCUGUUCUCCUACGAGGCCUCCAAGCCGGAACACCUGUCCGUCACCGAGGGCGACGUCAUCUACCUGACUGGUCGCCAUGACAACGGAUGGUGCGAGGGCGUCCUUAACGGCAAGCGAGGCUUCUUCCCCAAGGAUUACGUCCAGUCCUGUGACUAGUUGGAGGCUCCGCCCCCUCGCACCUGACCGGCCUAUCUGCUCACUUGUCCUAACCCCGCCCCCCCCCCCCACCCCAUGGUUCAUUUUCCCCGUUUUUGAUCGCAGCUGUCAAUCAAUGUCCAUCUUGUGUAAAAGUCUUUAUUGUGUCAAGAAUCUUGGUAAAAAAAAAGAAUAAAUAACAACAAAUAAAUAUAAUCCAUCAAUAAAUAAAGGGAGCAAUAAAUAAGCAGUAGAAAAGAGUCAAAGGAGAGGUGGCGCCUCCUGCUGGUAGUGGUGGAGAUUACAUGUUGGCGACCAGCAGGUGUAACUGCUGCAGGUGUAACUGACUUUCACUGCGGAUCAACUCCCAUGAUGCACUGCUGCCUUCCUGUGGACACACACAUGUACUGUAGUACUUAUACAACACAUACACAUGUACUGUAGUACUUAUGCAACACAUACACAUGUACUGUAGUACUUAUGCAACACAUACACAUGUACUGUAGUACUUAUACAACACACAAUUGUACUGUAGUACUUAUGCAACACAUACACAUGUACUGUA